AUGGAAGAACCUAGAAACCAGACAUGGUGGAGGAGAAGUACGAACUUGCAGGAACGAAAUCUGACCAUCGUUGCCGGCGGAAUGCUAUUAGCGUCCUCGUUCCUGGCUCUAGCUCUAUCCACAUUAUUAUUGAAUCAUAGCUGCAAUGCAGAGAAUAUCCCACCGAUAUCAGCUGAAAAACAUGGUUUGAUUCGCAAUUCAAGAAGUUUGUUCCAGAAUGAAAAAAACGAAAAUCAAAUCCCGAUUUGUCAUACAGCCAGUUGUGUGAAUACUGCGGCUUUUAUAAUCAACAAUAUGGAUCCUUCAGUAGAUCCUUGUGAUGAUUUCUAUCAGUUCGCAUGUGGUAAUUUUAUAAAAAAUACCAUUAUCGACGAUGACAAAAGCUCUGUGAAUAUAUUCGACACAAUUCAAGGCAAAGUUUCGAAUGAGCUACGAAUGCUUCUCACUGAACCCAUUCAAUCGGAUGAACCAAGACCUUUUAGAAUGGCGAAGUUAAUGUUUAAAUCGUGCAUGGACAUUGAAAAAAUCGAAGAGAAAGGCUUGGAACCGUUCAAGGCAGUAUUGAGAAGCUUGGGAGGAUGGCCGGUGUUGGACAAAGAGGAAUGGGACGAUACGAACUUCACGUGGGAAAAAAGCACGUAUAAAUCAUUUACUUUGGCGGGCUAUUCCAACGAAUACUUUAUUAAAUUCAGCAUCACUUCAAAUCCAAAAAACAACACGAUAAACUCUAUUACACUGGAUCAACCGUUCCUGGCACUUGACUCGCAAUACCUGAUCAAUGGCACCGACAACAAACUCGUAGACGCGUACUACAGGUACAUGGUGGACAUAGCAGUGUUGUUUGGCGCUGACCGACAGAGUGCCGCCAAGGAGCUGAGAGAGUCAUUGGACUUUGAGAUAAGUUUGGCCAAGAUAUCGAUGACACUGGCCGAGCGUCAGGAUAAAGAAAGUAUGUAUAACCCGAUGAAUAUCGCUGAUCUACAACAAAAGUUCCCGAGCAUACCGUGGCAAGAGUACAUGAACAAACUUUUAAACCCAUUGACCAUACAACAGGAUGAUAUUAUAAUUGUACAAUCACCAAAAUACUUGUCAAACCUUGAAACCCUACUCAGCAAUACGCCCAAAAGGGUCCAAGCGAAUUACGCGUUUUGGAGAAUUACAAUGAAUUCGGUCAAGUUUUUGACUGAAAAAUUGCGAUUAAGACAGAAUGAGUUCUACGCCACGCUAAAAGGUAGCUCUGGGAGUGAACCCAGGUGGAACGAAUGCUCGAAAGUGGUUAAACAAGUUUUUCAAUUGGCAAUUGAUUCGAUGUAUGUUAGGCGGGUUUUCGAUAAAAACGCUAAAAACAACGUUCAAGAAAUAGCAAACAGAAUGAGGGAAGAAUUGUACAAACUAUUAUCGUCGAAUGAUUGGAUGGACGAUCAAACAAAGAAAAACGCAAUAAACAAAGCAAAGUCGAUAACUUAUCACAUUGCAUACCCCGAUGAAUUAUUAGACAACAACAAUUUGAAUGCGUAUUAUGAAAAUCUUGAAAUCAAUGACAAAGAUUAUUUAAAAUCAAUAUUCAAUUUUUCUAAAUUUAUGACUGACUGCAUGAUUAUGGAGUUAAGGCAACCUCUUGACAUAUCAGAUUGGACGAUGUACAGCCAAGCAACUACUAUAAAUGCAUUUUAUAUACCUACUGUAAAUAGUAUCGUAAUACCCGCUGCUAUCUUGCAAGGUGAGGUUUUGUCUAAUGAUCGUCCUCGGUACUUGAAUUACGGUGCCAUUGGGUUUAUAAUUGGUCACGAGAUCACCCAUGGUUUUGAUAACCAAGGCAGUAUGUACGAUGGACACGGAAAUGUAGUAGACUGGUGGGCGAAGGAGACAAAGAAACAAUUCUUGGAAAAGGCGAUGUGCAUCAUCAAACAGUAUGGAAAUUACACGGAUCAUGAAGUUGGUCUCAAGAUAAACGGAAUUAAUACACAAAGUGAGAACAUCGCAGACAAUGGUGGCAUCAAGCAGGCGUAUAAUGCAUACAAUACGUGGGCCAGCGUACAAUUGGACGCCGAACCGCGGUUGCCCGGGCUCCAGAACUAUACACCGAAUCAGUUGUUCUGGUUGAGCGCCGCUAAUAUGUGGUGCUCCAAGAAUCGACCGGAAAUACUCAAAAAUUUGAUCUUGACCAACGAACAUGCACCCAACCACUUCCGGAUCAUCGGUUCCUUCUCCAAUCAAAAAGAGUUCAGCAACGACUUCCAGUGUUAUCUGGGUUCCAACAUGAACCCGAGCAAUAAAUGCCAGAUGUGGUGAGACCACCCUGCAUGUAUAAUAUAAAGUGCCAAUCAGUUGUAGGUAUACAACAAUUUAAAUGUUGUUAAUUUCAAUGACGGCUUAUAAUUA